AUGGAGGAUCUACGCUCCUUUGUCGCUGUCAGGCGGAUAUCUCACAGUCUGGACAGGGGAGGCACCUGCCAUUCAUCCUCAGGUGCGUGGUUAGGGCGGGGACUCGCUUGUGUUUGUGCACAGAAAAGGGAGCACCAUUCUCGUCAUUCCUUUGAUCUCACCCCUGCUCAGGAGGGCUGCUUGCAGAGGCUCCAGAGUCGUGUAUAUGUUCCCUAUGAUGGCUCUAUUCCUCAGCACCAGGAAGCAUUGGGGAAUCUGUGGAAGUUAGCCUUCCCGGAGGAACAACUCGAUGGUAUGAUAUCCGAGCAGUGGAAGGAAAUGGGUUGGCAGGGAAAGGAUCCCUCGACGGAUUUUAGGGGAGGGGGCUUCAUAUCCUUGGAGAAUUUGCUGUACUUUGCAAGGAAUUUCCAAAAAUCAUUUCAACAACUUCUGAGAAAGCAAGUAGGUGAUAGAUCGGUGUGGGAAUACCCAUUUGCGGUUGCUGGUGUAAAUAUUAGCUUCAUGCUCAUUCAGAUGCUCGACCUUGAACAAGUUAAACCACGGAGGAUGGUCGGGGAAGCAUUCCUGAAACUACUAGCAGAAAACGAGGAAGCAUUUGACAUUCUAUAUUGCAUUGCGUUCAAGCUAAUGGAUCAUCAAUGGCUCACAAUGCGGGCUUCCUACAUGGAUUUUAACAUGGUGAUGCAAUCGACAAGGCAUCAACUGGAGAGAGAGCUUAUGGAGGAAGAAGUUACCCGACUCCAAGACUUACCUUCUUUUAACCUCCUCCUAAAUCCUUAG